AUGGCGUCCACGUUUCCCUGCGUGGCCCUCCUCGCAGAAACAAAAAGGAUUGCAACACCAUUGUCCGAAGCUGGCGGCAGAGUCCCUGACAGGUCCGUGAGACCAAAGUACCUACGGCGAUACAAGUCACGAGAGGAUGUGAGAGAUCGUGGCACGAGAUCCCCAGCGAGAUGGCAUUCGGAUGACAGUGAUUUUGAGAGAAAACCCUUAGCGAGGAAGGAAGUGAGCUUUAGAGAACGAAGGGGAGGUCGACACUCGAGCGAAACGGAAAACGAUGGUCCUGCCUUCGACUCAAAGGACUCAGCAGGAUCCUCCUCCCAGGAACAAGAAGCUGGCGGCAGAGUCCCUGACAGGUCCGUGAGACCAAAGUACCUAUGGCGAUACAAGUCACGAGAGGAUUUGAGAGAUCGUGGCACGAGAUCCCCAGCGAGAUGGCAUUCGGAUGACAGUGAUUUUGAGAGAAAACCCUUAGCGAGGAAGGAAGUGAGCUUUAGAGAACGAAGGGGAGGUCGACACUCGAGCGAAACGGAAAACGAUGGUCCUGCCUUCGACUCAAAGGACUCAGCAGGAUCCUCCUCCCAGGAACAAGAAGCUGGCGGCAGAGUCCCUGACAGGUCCGUGAGACCAAAGUACCUAUGGCGAUACAAGUCACGAGAGGAUUUGAGAGAUCGUGGCACGAGAUCCCCAGCGAGAUGGCAUUCGGAUGACAAUGAUUUUGGAGAGAGAAAACCCUUAGCGAGGAAGGAAAUGAGCUUUAGAGAACGAAGGGGAGGUCGACACUCGAGCGAAACGGAAGACGAUGAUCCUGCCUUCGACCCACAGGACUCAGCAGGAUACUCCUCCAUGAAACAAGAAGCUGGCGCCAGAUUGUCCGUAAGACCUAAGAACUGGCAACACGAGCCACGAGAAGAUGUGAGAUAUGCUGCCAAGAGGACGCCACGCAGCCGGGAUCAAGAUGACAGUGACCUCGAAAAUCAACGGUUAAGGAAUACAAAGGAAAAUAUCAGUGAUCCCAGAAGAGAUCGAAAUUUCAGAAAAAUGGAACAAGACGACCCCGCAUUCAAGCCACACGAGCUAGCGAAAUACCUAGCGGACCAUGGUUUUAAGGCCCCUAUGAACGACCUGGAAAGUGAGUUCUCCUCGAGCCAUUUGGUCAGGGCCCUCGAAGAAAACACCCACAUUUUUGGCAUGGACAAGGGGGCGGUGGUGCUGCAACCAGAGAUUAAGAUCUGCUACUCUUACACUGAGGACCGCGGGUGCCGUGAAAGAUUACAAUGCGUUGAUAUUCAUAUCUGCCCCGAGUUUUUAUCUGGCGACUGUGAAAUGGCAUCUUGUGAAAUGGGGCAUAAGUGGGACACCACUCAUAACAAAAGGGUAUUGAGAACUUUAUAUCUAGAUGGUCUAAAUCCCAGUCAGAUCCUUUCUCUCAUAAACUUGGAUGAUGUAAUAGAAACCUCCUCUUGGACCACUAACUCGUCGUGAAGAAUGCAAGAAAAUGUUAUAGGUCUUUGAAGCCUUACAUAUCUGCCUUAGAUUUGUUAUAGUGAAUGAUUCUAACAGAAAUAUCCAGCUGCAGCAGUCGCUUUAGCUCUGAAAAUUACGAGCUGUUGCAAGCCCACGGUUUCACCAUGGAGCAUACCUCGAAAUAAAUUGAUCAGAGUAAUCCUUACUAUCGACUGACAUUAGAGGGUGUUUCUAACAUAACUCAUAGUACACAUACA